CCGCGUAGGGCGGCGCGGAAGGGCGGGCGGCGCCGCGGCCAUGGAGAGGGCGAGCCCGGCGGCGGGGAAGCUGAACGCCGGCGGCCGCGGGGCGGGCGAUGGGCACGGCCCGGCGGGGGGAGCCCAGCCGCGGGCGGCGGCGGCCGCCGCUUGCGGCGCGGAGCCGGGCGAGCUGAUCGGGCGGGCGCUGGAUUUCAAGAGCGAAGGGGCGCAGUGCUACAAGGACAAGAAAUUCCGGGAGGCCAUCGGCAAGUACCACCGCGCCUUGCUGGAGCUGAAGGCGCUGCUGCUGCUGCUGAGCCAGGAGCCGGCCGGGCAGCGCCCUCCCGCCGCCGCCGCCGCCGCCGCCGGGCUCAGCGAGGAGCAGCGGCAGGCGGUGGAGGCCAUCGAGGUUGACUGCUACAACAGCCUGGCAGCCUGCCUGCUCCAGGCCGAACUGGUGAAUUACGAGCGAGUCAAGGAGUACUGCCUCAAAGUGCUUCAGAAAGAAGGCGAGAACUUCAAGGCGCUCUAUCGAUCGGGAGUGGCGUUUUACCACCUGGGUGACUUCAACAAGGCCCUCUACUACCUGAAAGAGGCAAGAUCCCGCCAACCGACAGCCCUUGCCAGAACAAAGAAAUGGAGACGGCUGUGCAAGAGAAAAAUCGUCAGCGGAAAAUAAGUUAUCCUAACCUUGGAGUUCUGACUAAACUCAGAUGUGAAAAAGUCUUCUUAGAUGAGCCACUUUGCUUCCAUUUUUUAAAUAUGUAUUUCUUUGCUCCCCCACACCCCUCGUGAUACUAUUUAUUUGGUAUCCCUCAUUGCUUCUUGAAAUAAACACUAAUUUAUUCAGCAGCAACAGCUUCAAAUACCACAGCUUGCUGCAAAAACAUACCAGAAAGUGUCCCCAGAGGCCCUUAAUGUAUACAAAAAACAGUUCUGGCCUUCAGCUUUGCAUCAGAGACUCUUCCCUGUUAUUGUUAGACCAUUCAAGGCCAGUGUUGAACUGUUUUAUUUAUGACUGUGGAAAACCUAAAGGGUAUUCAGGGGGAAAGAAGUGAAUACAUACAGUAAGAAAGGAUGUGGCUGUUAAAACACAGUAGUAGGAAUCAAGUAACACUAUCAAGAAUUAUUACGUGACCUGGAAUAAGUCAGCGUCUCCACUUUCAGUGUCUCCACCUGCAAAAUCUGAUUUUUUUCCUUUAUCUGAUAUUUCACUAGGCUCACUGGUAAAAGCACUUGGUUAUUAUUACAGUCAUGUUCUGUGUGUUCUUGUUGUUCUAAUAAGAAAUGGUUUUGGUACAAAUCACUGGCAGUUAUUCUCUUUGGUGGGGGAGAUUUUAAAUAGUAAAGAGGAAUUAGCUAGCAAAGGGGUCUACUGCUCUAAAGGGCUCUCAGCACAGCAAAUCCCUUAUGGCUAUCUACUGUCUGUCGAGGGUGAAGGUUGGAUUUGGCCUGAUUUCUUAUGCUACCUCCAAACAGAACUCACAAAAGCAGA